UGCUGCCUGGCCCUGUGCUUGUCGGAAGCAGGAGGGAGCUUUGAGCGUUCUCCUACACAAGGAUAAUAAUAUAGAUUGAUAGAAAGCGACUACAUCUGCGCUGCGUAACGCAAAAGUCGAGUCGAAUCGUGUCGACAUGGGGAUCCGAAAAAAGACUAACAAGAAUCCGCCGGUGCUGAGCCAUGAGUUUGUCAUCCAGAACCAUGCAGAUAUUGUUUCCUGUGUUGCUAUGGUGUUCCUCCUCGGGUUGAUGUUUGAGGUCACCUCAAAGUUUGCAGUGUUAUUCAUAACCGUCCAGUACAAUGUCACCAUAUCAGCAAACGAAGGCCCAGAGGAGACGGCUAUUAACCACUUCCACCACGGCAUCAAGGACUUGGCCACUAUCUUUUUCUACAUGCUGGUGGCCAUCAUCAUGCACGCCAUUAUCCAGGAAUAUGUGCUGGAUAAGAUCAACAGGAAGAAACACUUCUCUAAAACCAAGCACAGCAAGUUCAACGAGUCGGGCCAGCUCAGCGCAUUCUACUUAUUCUCCUUCGGCUGGGGCGCGAGCAUCCUGCUCUCUGAAAAUUUCCUGUCCAAUCCGGUCACCAUGUGGGAGGGAUAUCCCCAUACACUAAUGCCAUUCCAGAUGAAAUUCUACUACAUUUGUCAGCUGGGCUACUGGUUACACGCUCUCCCAGAGUUGUACUUCCAAAAGACAAAGAAGGAGGAUAUUCCACGCCAGCUUGUGUACAUCUUCCUUUACCUGGUCCACAUUGCCGGCGCCUACAUUCUGAAUCUGAACCGUCUGUGUCUGGUCCUGCUCGUGCUGCACUAUUUUGUCGAGCUCCUCUUCCACGUUUCCCGCCUGGUCUACUUCAGCAACGAGAACAGACAAAUGGGUUUCACUAUAUGGGCCGUGUUGUUUGUCCUCGGACGGCUGCUCACCCUGUCCUUGUCUGUCCUCACCGUGGGCUUUGGCCUCGCCACAGCUGAGAACCAAGGCUUUGAUUUGGCUGCAGGAAACUUUAAUGUUCUUUUUGUACGGAUAACUGUCCUGGCCGCUAUCUGCCUCACUCAGGCCUUCAUGAUGUGGAAAUUUAUCAACUUUCAGCUGCGCCGGUGGAGAGAGCAUGCCCAAGCUCAGACCUUGAAAAAGAAACAAGUUCCUUCCAAGAGCAAAUCAAAGAAAGACAAAGCCAAUGGAGUAAAUGGAGUGAACUCCCAUGGAGCCGAUUCACCAAGAGCAAGAAAAGAGAAGUCAUCAUAAACACAUUCCCCUCAUCGGCCCAUCCUGUCACACACCCCCACCCCCUUCUCAAAGAACCAUCUCUCCCCAAUGCCUCCAUGGCCGUGCCCAACCAACAGACCCUCCACUUCUCCACCAUGAUAUGCAUUUUCAGCUCUCACACAGGACUGACCACCCAGCUGGACUUCAAGGGCCAGAAUGCAUUUUUUUGCUUUGCUUGUCGCCAGUCGUCCAGCGCGCCUUGAUUUGAGAAUCAUUGCUCUGCUGUGCCAUUACGAAUGAAAAAAGAAAACAAAUUCAAAAAUAAACUAUUGAAGAAAAAAAGACCUUAUUUAAGAAGUGCCUAUUGAUACGGAUUGUUUUGUACAGGGUGUGUAAUUUUAAAAUUUCAGGAAUGAUUACGUCAGUGUUUAACGUUUCUCCCUAAGUCAGGCCAUUUCAUGCUUUUCCCAAAUACUGUGUAUUCCAGCUUGUGUUUUAUUUCCAUUUUGUUCUUGUAUUUAUACCUGCUAGCUUAGCUCACCCCUUCUUUUCCGCUGACUCCUGUCCCUCUUUUUGCGGACAAUAUAGGGAGCUUGUGACUUCCUAUUGUAAUAUCUCUUGUUUUUCCAUCACUGGAGGCUGCGUACAGUCUUAUUAGAAUCUCCGUCUUUAGGGUUCACAUCACAGACUGUUCAAACCCACAACGCAAGACAUUGUUACAGUGUUUUUCACCAUGUCACUCACCGACACACCUUAGAUGGAAAGCGAGGUAGAAUAUGGAAGUAGUUUUCAAUAUCCACUCAUGGAUAGAAUAAGGGAGAGUGUGUAAAGGCAACCAAGGAAAAUGGGAGACUUCACCCUGUAAUACUCCCAAGUAGAUUCACAGUUCAGUAUUGUGCAAAACUUCCAACAGAGACGUAGUAUUUGAUUGUUGGGAGUUCAGAAAAGCUUUGUAAUCACAACAGCCAUGAAAUGACACAGAAUCUAUUGCUGCCUAUAAUGCUGUUAAUGAAUAAACACCUUAUGUUUUCAUUUUGAGCGACGUAAGAUCAUUUUAUUGGAGGUGAAAAGGACAAAAUCAGGUGAAACAUCCCUUUUGAUUGAACUGUGUAUGUCCCUCUUUAUCUGUAGCUGAAGUGAAAUUGGUUUAUUGUAUUUGUUUUCCCUUGCAUACUAUGGCUUACCUGAAAAUGUCCACAAGAAUGAUUUGUUGUAAAAGCAUGGACUGGGAAUGAGAACCAUAUGUUGUUUGGCUCUAACCCUAAACCUUUACCCACUGUUGACUGUGCCAAAUGAGCCUGGGUGACUGUUGAUAUAUCCCUUUUUACUUACAUGCCAUAAAACAAAUUUACAAAGCUAUGGAGUGCAGUCAGCUGUAUUGUGAGAAUCAAUCACCAAGGUAACACUGGUUUAUUCUAAAGAAUAAACCCAUUUACUAAUUUUAGGCACACAGCAGUGAGUCACGGUCGCCUCUGGCAGUACAUCAGUGGUUUUCUCAACUUGUCCUGAGGUUUUAUCUAUCCAGCAAAGGAAUAAAAUGUUUUAUUGAAAAAGA